AUGGUUUUAUUGAGGAAACUGGCAGUCUUGGGAAGAAGGUGGACUUAUGUCCAAAAGACUCAACUCUUCACUCCCUGGGUUUUGCUUGGAGAUCACGUAGAAGAGGGCUAUGCCAGGGCAGAGGGUUGCGGGAGCCAUGAUCAGCACAUGGACAUUCUUCUGAUUAUGAGACAAGAGGCAGGUGGACGACAUGAGUGGGGAGGUCUGUCCCAGGAAGGCCCCAGAGGGUCCUGCUUGGUUCCACUACAUUUCUCAAGACUCAGUUCAGAGCUGACCUCUUUGGAGACGUCCCUGGAACAGGGCAUCCUGCUGCUCUGUCCCGUCACGGCCCACAUCCUCCAGGUUCAGAGGUUGCAGGAUGUGGAGAAAGUCUGCCUGGCAGUGAGCCAGGACUCUCGUGGGCCAUACGGACCCUGUGCACAGCUUCCACCUCACCAGCCUGCCACACGCGGCCACCUGGCUCCAAUCCUUCUGCGGUCCACACUACUCCCAUGGGCCCAGCCAGGGGUGCCACCAGGCCCUGGAAGGGAGUGUGAAGCAUUCCACCUGCCCCGCAGGCUCCCCCCACCCCAGGGCCCUCAUCUGCCCUGGCAGUGCUCGGGCCUGGCCUGCUCUUUCCCUCACUGUCAUCAGAUUGCUUGCCUGACAGCGCAGAUGGGCAGUCCGCGGCGGACGUUUCCCGGUGACGCAGGACGGUAA